AGUGGCCGCUGAUGGAGCGAUUUCAGAGGUGACAGGCGUCACCGUCCAAGUCCACUGCUCCCGUUCUCAGUGCACCGCCUGCCUCAAUAUUCCUUUUUAGCUUUUUCCUCUCUAUCUCUCGGUUCCCACUUUAUGAUCUCCCAAACCACUGUGAGGAAACCAAGGCGUCUCUUUUCUCUUCUCCUCCACUGUAAAGGGAGGAGAGUUCGCGGGAAUAAACCCGACCGAUCCACUGGCGGUGGCGAGAAAAGCUCAGGAGUGUUCUCUCCUCGCCCAAGUGGCAAAUCGAAUCGUAAAUUAUGCAGGUAUCAGUGGAGAACUCAGAGGUCUUGAAUGCAGGAUUUUUGCUUUCAGUUGAUGACUCUGCAAUGUUAAGCUGUAACCAUAAUUGGAGUGAUACUGUUGGCAAUGAUUCAGCAGUUUACGAGAAAUUUCUCCUUGAAGAUUUGGAUUCUUAUAUGAAUGAUAUUAAUUCACGUCUGACUGUCUCAAGAAUGGUGAGUGAUUCUGUGAUCAAAGGGAUAGUUAAUGCUGUAGUAGAGGAGGCUUCUGAGAAAAUAGCUUCAAAGGAAGCAGAAAUAGCAGCUCUGAAUGAAAGAUUGCAGCAUUAUGAAUCUGCUGGAGCUGAAGGGAACAGGCUAGAUUCUCCCAUGAUGAUGCCAGGAGCAUCAAUAACAAUACGAAAAUCCCAGAGGAGAAAAUCAGAGCUGCAUCAGCGGUCUUUAAAUGAAGAGGUAGACUCUGAUUAUUAUAUCAAAAAUUUUGGGAGUUUAAAAAUUGCAGCAGAAGAGCAUCUUCAAAGGCUUAAAGAGGAACUCAGGGAUGUCAGGAGCAUGAUGUCUUUCAAUAAAAUAGAUUGUUGUUCCAAGGAUGUCAAGUUGUGCAGCAUCCAGGGGAAGACUAUGGAGAAGUUGCACGUUAUAGAUGGAUAUGCUGAUGAUUUGGAAGUAAUUCUAGCAGCAUUAUGUGAACAGGCUGAUAGCACAUGCUUCUCAUUGAAGGCAUUGUUAAGCGAGCAUGAGAAAAAAUGGGAACUGGAGAUUCAAAGGGAGGUCAGUGAUCUUAUUAUUCAAGGUUUUGGCAGGGAACUUCAGGAUGAGUUUGAAACAAGGUUAUCUGAGAAAAGAAGUCUUGCGAAUACAUUAAACAAGAAUUUGCAAAAGAUGGUCAAUGAAUUUUCCACCAUUCAUCAAGAACUUGAUGCUAUUGUUAUGCCCUUGUUUGGCUCAGACUUUGUGCCAUUAAUUUCUCAUUAUGGCCUUGAAGGUUUGGAAGAGUGGAGUACUCUUAAAAGGAAGGAUCACCUUCCUUGGAAGGGUUUGGGUAAUCAUCAUGUAGCACACACAUCUCAUUGUGAGGAGAGUGGUAAUGUCUCAGAGAAGUCCGGGGAUUUUGUACAACCCACUCAAACUGACUCCCCGCUAUUAAAGUGCAUGACAAAAGAUGAACUGAUAACCUACUAUAACACUAAAAUGGCCAACAUGAAGAGACAACAUGAUUCAGCUUUGCAAGAGAAGACAGAAGCAUUGUUCAGCCUCAAGCGGGAAUUCCUCAGGGAAAAAGGUUCUAAUCCUUCACAUUUUAGGAAAGAUAAAGAAUUUGAACUGUUGAGGAAAAAAGUUGUCGAGUUCAUUUCAAAAUUGAACGAUAUUAUCUUGGAGAAAGAGAAAUUGACUAUUGUUCACGAUGACCGAGACCUGUUACUUGGCCUGAAGGAGAGGAUCGGUGCCCUGUUUUCUGAAAAUCAGCGGCUGCGAAAUUUGUUAGAACAAAAAAGAAAAGAGGUUGAUUGUUCAGAGAUUUCAAAUGAAACAAAUCAAACUUCACAUUGUUCAUCUAUAGAGGCAAAGUUCUCAGAGCAGAUUAAGAAGCUGAAAUUGGAUAUUGAAGACAUAAAGUUAGAAAUCACCAUUAGAGAUGAAAUACAAAAGAUCAUCUUAAGAGAGUGGGUUGGUGAACUUAUAGAUGACAUGGAGUGUUUAGAGAUGGAGUCCAAGACAACACAUGACACCUCCUCCACUAUUUACAGAAAAUCUAUAGAAGAUGUCAUUUCUAGCAUGAAUCAUAUUAUAGUAAAAUGUUACAAGGAAAAGAAUUCCAUUGCAGCAGUGGUUUUAGAAAAGGAGAAGGCAUUGUGUUUAGAAAUUGAAGCAAACAAUAAGUUGAAGGAGGAAAUUGCAUCCCUAUCAACUUUGUUGAAAGAGAAAGAGAAAUUUGCAUUAGAGACUGAAUCUAAAUUAAUGCAACAGAAGGAAUGUUUUGAUUUAGUAUGCUGUGAGGUUAAUAUGCUGAAAGAUCAAGUCACUAAGAAAGACCUAUAUAUUUUGGAGAGCAACAAGGAGUCUGAUUCUGUUAAGGGUAGAUUGGAUGAGACGUUGCAGCAAAUUCAUCAAUAUAAAGUUGAAGUUGCUGAACUGAAUCAGAAACUAAGGCUUGUAUCUGGUGGUUUGGAGGAAGCAGAGAAACAGAAACACAUCCUUCAAGGCAUCGUUGAAGAGAAACAAAAGACGCUAGCAUUAACCAUCUCAAAGGAAGAAGAGCAUAAAAAGGGGAUGGAGUCCAUAGUUGUUUCUAUGACAGACUUAUCAAAAGCCAUUAUGGACUGUGAAUGUAGGAUGGCAAGCAAUCUUGAAACUAAUGAAUCAAGGUUGAAAAUACUGAGCCAUCAGUGUGGUCAACUGGUGCGACAGGCUAACUUUGUCCAAAGAAAAGCCUUGUGGUACAAACAGGGCUUUGAAAGAAGAUGCUCUGACCUUCAAAAGGCUGAAACUGAGGUUGAUCUUUUAGGAGAUGAAGUUGAUGCCCUUUUGCGUCUUCUUGAGAAGAUAUACAUAGCUCUAGAACAUUAUUCUCCAGUAUUACAACACUAUCCUGGAGUUGUGGAUAUUCUAAAACUGAUUAGUAGAGAAAUGAAAAGAGAGAGUACCAAAUAAGCAUCAUGAAUUACUUAUUUAGGUUAACAGGAUUGUGAUAACAAAUCCACUUGAACGUUUAAUGAGCCAGUGCCUGCAGACAACCUCAGAAACAACAUUGCCAAGGCAGAAGAUUUUGUUGAAGCAACCAACAACCUCAGUAUUUUCCACCACUUAACCAAGCGGUGCAACUUUUAUCUGCUAUUCAGGUUACGUAUGUUUGCUGAUCCUGAUGUUCAUUUCCGAGUCCUCUAGCCCUCAACAUCACCGUGGACUCUUUUGCAACUAAUUGAUGCGAGACCAAAAGUGUUGCUUAUUGAAACGUGGUCAGACUACAUCAUGGAUGUCAAGGUGUAUUUGCUUGUUACGUAUUAGUCGCUUUAUCCAUGCCAAGUGUGUAAAAAUGGAUGUCAACACACUUGAUGGGUUGCCAACAAGGGAGUUGAUGAACUGAGGCCAAAUGCCUUUUGGAAGCUUCGAUCUUGCUUCCGUGCUGUGAUGAGAAGUUAGAAAUUUCAGACGCCAGACCACUGAAUACGUACUGUAAUUGUACAUCAAAUGAUUUGAUGAUAAUGAACUCACAAGAUUUUAGUGUUUCCACAACACGCUAUGAGAAAUUUGGUCUCUCUC